CCAGGAUUUGGUUCAAGCACCGCGGCUCACGAUGCGGCUGCUGAUCCUGCUGCCGCUGGCAUUGUGCAACAAUGACGAAGGUUGGGGAGCUGGUGGCGAUGCGGCCUACCAGAUGAUGAGCCAGGGCCAGGGAGAUGGCGGCUGGGGCGAGAGCAACGGCUACUCCGACCAGAGUGCCUUCCGCGACAGCGGAGAUGGCUCUGGCGAUGGAGAGCGAGACCGCUGGGGCGGUGGCGGUGAUGGAGACGGCUGGGGCGGUGGCGGUGAUGGAGAUGGCUGGGGCGGUGGUGGUGAUGGAGACGGCUGGCAUGGUGGUAGUGGUGAUGGAGACGGCUGGGGCGGUGGCGGGGGUGAUGGAGACGGCUGGGGCGGUGGUGGCGGUGGUGACGGAGACGGCUGGGGCGUUGGCGGUGGUGAUGGAGACGGCUGGGGCAGUGGAGAUGGCAGUGGAGAUGGCAGUGGAGACGGUCAAGGUUGGGCGCAGCAGCGUAGCUACGGCCAGGCUCAAGGUGGUUGGGGCGGUGACGGUGGCUAUGGUGACGGCAGCGGUGUCCAGGGUGGGUCGCAAAGCCAGGGAGACGGGGGCGACGGGGGCAGCUCCGGCAGCUCAGGUUCAGGCAGCAGUGGGGCAAAGAGUGGCGGUGACGGCAGUGAAGAUGGCAGUGAUGGGAAGGAACCCGACAUGAGCUUCAACUUCAAUGUCAACGGCGCCUCGGGCUCUGGCAAAGCCGCACCGGCUCCGCCAAAGAAGCAGACCUUUGGAGUGGUGCCGCCGCCUCCGGCCACCACCACGGUGGCGCCGGACGCCACCACCAAAGCCCUGCACGGGGAGACCACGCACACCGUCGAGGGCAGCAUGUCCUUGUAUGAGACCCUUGAGAAGCUUCAAGGGAAGGCGCAGCAGCAGAACCUGAAAGAGACCUUGUGGAAGGAUCCGGAGAUCCCCGACUACGACAACUGCCAGCCGAGGUUCCGGGUGCGGAAAGACGCCCCGGAGCUGGCCACCACCCUCAACGGUGUGGAGCUCCCGCAGGCUUGCUUCAUGGAUGAGACCAAGGGCAACCACCACGUGUUCGUCAUCGGCGACUGGGGAGGGGUCAUUGACUGGUACGACCCUGUGAAGGGCUAUGUCAAUCCGCCACGCACAGCCGACCACACGAAGUCCCUGUUCGCCUCGCACCACAGAAAGAAGGUGAAUUCCUCAGAUGACUAUGCCCAGUUCAACGUGAGCAAGUGGAUGAGCUUCGUCGCCGAGAAGUCGGAUCCCGACUUCAUCAUCAACCUGGGGGACAACUUCUACUGGGGCGGUGUGGGGGUGCAGUGUGGAGCGCCCACGCACCAAGCGCAGGAUCCAGGCUACCAGUGGAGCAACAUCUACGAAAUCAUGUACAAGGGUAGCAACAUCGAUGGCAAGCAGUGGCUGGGCACUCUUGGGAACCACGACUACGGUGGAUUCCUUUUCACCUCCGGCUGGGACCAAGUUAUCGCCUAUACCUGGUCCAAACUACAUUUCAGUACAGGACGCUGGAUGCAGCCUUCCUUGUACUAUGCCACACCAGUCAAGUUCCCUGACUUUACCAUGGACAUUUUCUUUGUUGACAGCAACAUUUGGGAUGCCUUCGACUACCAUGCCACCAGCAGCCACAACAUUUGCGGGGGCCUGCACAACUAUCCCGCCGCGACCUGCGGUCUGACGGGACCCGUCUCUGUAGAGCAGUGCGCGCAGUGGUUCAAGGACCUGUGGGAUGCGGAGAUCAGGUGGUUGGAGCAGGGCCUGGGCAAGUCCAAGGCCGACUGGCAAGUCAUCGCCACUCACUUCCCGGCAGAGCAUGGCUUGGACGAGUGGAAGCGCCUGUCCACCACCUACGGUGUGGACCUGCUUCUCACGGCACAUCGCCACAUGCAGGAGGUCCACGUGGACGACGAGGCGAAUCUCAUCAAGCCCACGGCCUGGAUUGUGAGCGGCGGCGGGGGCGGCAUCACCAGCGAGGCGGAGCCCACGGAGGAUGGCCAGGACGACCAGUAUGGCUUCAUAGAUCUGACCCUCUCGAAGCAUGAGAUCCGCAUCGAGGCCAUCUCUCAUGGGGGGCAGGUCCGAAGCACCAAGUGCUUCACCCAGCGAUUUCCCGGCGAUGAGCACACCCAGAAGAUUGCAGGCAAAUCCCUCUGUGAUGGCCAUCCGGUGGGUGUGCAGCUUCUGCCCAAGGAGCCGGCGCCCACAGUGGCGCCGAUCCAUUGGUAAGAUUUGUUAGGUCGGAAGAUGUGAGAGCCAAAAUCACUAAAAAC